AUGAAACUAUGUCAGGCAGAAAUAAAACGUAAAAAGAAAGGUGUUAUUUCACUUGAUCCACUUAUUGAUAGAAAUCCUGAUCAAUUAUGGCGUUAUUUCAUGACCUAUCUCAAUGAAAAACCACAAUUAAAAGUCAACAUUCUUGGCUAUUAUACAGAGUAUUACACAGAAACUGAAACAUACACUGAUUAUAAUGGUAAGACACAAUUUCGUUCUGUACUACGAACUCGUAACACAUCUGAAUGUAAUUUUUCCAUUGAUCUAUCACCCUACAUUUCUGAACAAUGGUGGCGUACAGCUAUUAAAUUCCAAGAUUCUAAAAAUGUUUGUGGAAUAUUACUGUUAUACGACUGA